GUAAGCGCGCGCAUAACCCUAACCUAACCUAACCUAACCUGAUACUUUUAUAUAACGGUGAACAUGGCGGAGCCUAAACCGAAGCGGGUGAAGGGCGCGCUGCCGAGCUGUCCCAAGCACUUCAUGAACAAUCGCAGCGGGGUGAGGCAGAACUUUCCCCCGCUGCUGGAGGAAGGCCUGUGCGGCGUGAGCAGCGUCCUUAUGCAGCUCUCCUACAGGCUGCUGGCGCUGGCUGAAGUUUUUGACCAAUCGAAUGUGGCCCUUGCUCGUGUUUCGAAGUUCUUUCUUGAACAGUCAGAAGAAGAACAACGUGCAGCAGAAGCUUUACUUAAACACAUGACAAACCGGGGUGGCUAUUACUGUUCAAAAACUUUACAGAAACCUGGUUGUGAACAUGUCGGGGAUGUAAUGACUGCCUUACAUAUAGCACUGAAUGAGUGGAAGACGAUUCUGGGGUACUUAGAGGAGUUGUACAAUAUAUCCAUAGACCUGUCUGAUCCUCAUACUGCUGGCGUCAUUAAGAAACAUUUUAUUGAACCAAAGGUAAGAAAAGUGAAAGUCACGGGGGAUCUGCUGACAAACACGCGCAGACUCGGGUGCACGCAAGAUGGAAAAAGCAGCUUUGGAGAAUAUCUUAUUGACCGACUGGAAGAGGAAUUGAAAUGAUUAUAAUCUUACAACAGUCUGCUCCAAUCUGAAGUGACAACGAAAGAGGCAAUAUGCAAACUGUUAUCCUGUUACACAUUUGAGUAAAUAUAUGUGUGUGGGGGGGGGGGUUAUAAUGCAUUUUAUAGGAAACGGUACAUAACAUUUUAUGAAGAUAAUUAAAAAAUUCAGCCAAGUAAAUAUUUACAAGACACA